AUGAUCUUCGAUCCCAGUCCCUUGGAGCUCCCAGACUCCUACGAAAAGGUCCCUACAACCGGCCAUGUCACCUUUUCCCACCACCCAACAGGCUCGCCCACUGUGACCCCCGUCGUGGUCGUCACGCUGAACCGUCCAGCCAACCACAAUGCCUUCACCGGUCAAAUGGUCCACGACUUCGAGAAAUUCUUCCCCAUGUUUGACGUUGACGAACGUGUCAAGGUCAUCGUGCUCACAGGUGCCGGCAAGACUUUCUGUGCUGGAGCGGAUCUGGACAUUGGCUUCAACGAUCAUGUCGAGAGACGGCCUGCUACCGACCACCGUGACGGUGGAGGACGUGUCGUCCUCGCUAUUCAUCGCUGCCGCAAGCCGACCAUUGCAGCUAUGCAAGGCUCCGCCGUGGGCGUUGGGAUGACCAUGACGCUUCCUGCAAUGAUUCGCAUCGCGUAUGAAAAGGGCAAGUACGGUUUCGUCUUCGGACGCCGGGGUAUCGUGCUGGAAUCCUGCUCGUCAUACUUCCUCCCACGAUUGAUCGGCUUCUCCAACGCCAAUUACCUCGUCGGCACGGGUGCUGUUUUCCCUCCCACUUCCAAGCACUUCGGCGACCUGUUCAACGAAACUCUACCAGAUCCAUCCAAGGUCUUGCCUCGCGCGUUGGAGUUGGCUACUGAGAUUGCGGAGAAUGUCAGUCCGGCCUCCUCGUAUCUCAAUCGCGCUCUUAUGUGGCGCAAUCCAGGCACGCCUGAAGAGGCUCAUCUUGUUGAAUCUCAUAUUCUCCAUCAUACCUUUGCUUCCGAGUAUGUCCCCCAUUCUAUUCGCCCCAUUCUAUUCGCCCCAUUAUUCCUCAUACUUACCCGACUCCUUUCUAGCGAUCAAAAGGAAGGCGUCGGUGCAUUCUUCGAGAAGCGCAAGCCGAACUUCCGUGCCAAUCUGGAUGAUAAUCCCCCGGUGCACAUGCCCUGGUGGACUGAGGUCGACACUGGCAGAGCUCCCAAGGCCAAGGCCAAGGCUUCCUCGAAGCUGUGA